AUGCUGAAGUCUGCCAUUUUCGCUCUCACCGCCGCCGCUGCCGCCAACGCGGCCGCUGUGAACACCGCUGCCGGUGGUAUCCAGCUUCACGAGCUCGUCCUGCGUACUGUGCCCGAGGCCUCUGCGGCUGGGAACAACGCUGCCGGCGCGGGCCUGGGCGGGUUCCCGACCUUGGCGCAGCCCGGCUGCGACAACCAGUGCAAGCCCUGGCUGGACAUGAUCAACGCGGACCCCUGCUUCACGGCCGAGACCUGCCCCAACAGCGAGCUGAUGCAGACUGGCAAGCGGAUUUGUGAGAACCUGGACAGCAUCGCUGCCUGUGGAUACUGCAACGUCGCCGCCGAUGACAGGAACGCCGUGUCCGACAGCAUCAAGAAGACCUUCGACGCGUGCCAGAACGCGUACGGCGUUCCCGCCAAGCUCCCCGCCGCCCCGGAGGUCAAGGAGGUCGCUUCGUCCACCCAGAGCGUCAAGGAGGCGGAGACGUCCAAGGCCGCUGCACCCAAGGAGUCGCAGACCUCCAAGGCGGCUGAGGCGCCCAAGGCCUCUGAGCCUGCCAAGGCUGCCGAUGCGUCCAAGCAGGAGAAGAGCGGAGCUGUGGCGCGUACCGCUUCCAUCGCUGCUGUCGCGGUCGGUUUCGCCAUGGCGCUGAUGAUCUAA